GUUUCGAGUGUUCUGAGCCGAUGAACGUCAAAACUAACCGUCUCUCGGCUGCUAAGGCUGAUGGAUGCCGAUGUAUUUUGAGCCAAAUUUUUAAAAGAGGAUGAAAUCGGCGACUAAAUACGCCGUCGCUAUCUGUGGAGUUUUGUUUGUGCUGACGCUAAUCGUCGCUGUUGGGAGAACGUCGUCCCGGAACGCCGCCCAUUCAAUUCCAGCAGGGCUGAAUAAUCUUAUCAAAGAAAAUGGAACCCAAGAAGAAUCGUUUAUUUACGGAAUAACCCAAGGCGUUCGAGCCCUUCGCAUCGAACAGGCCAUGGCGGAACGCAGAAUUCCGCCACUUUCAAAUCCGUUCGUCGACUUCAAAGUUGCGGGGGAUGAUAACGAAACUCUUCCGGCGAUGAAGCGGAUUCUGAUCGUCUCGACGUGGCGGACGGGAUCGUCUUUCCUUGGCGAGUUGAUUCAAAGUGUCCCGGGUGUUUUUUAUUCGUACGAGCCGCUUCAUUUCUUCGACCGACAUCGCGGAUCAAAAGCGGAUCUCAUCCGCUCCGUCUUCCAGUGCCGAUUCCCGUCCGACUACCUCCGGCACGUCAGCGGCUUGACGGAAGGCGGACAGGAUUUCAUGAGGCGUAAUCGACGCGUUUGGGAAGCCUGCGGUCACGAUCCUGCCCUGUGCCACCAACCCGAAUUUGUCGGGCGAUUGUGCACAUACUUUCCGGUCCAGCUGAUCAAAGUAGUCCGGCUGCGAGUCAAAGAACUCUUGGCCAUGAUGGAAGACGUCCAGCAUCCGCAGCAAUGGAAAAUUAUUUACUUGGCGCGCGAUCCUCGCGGUGUAAUGGCGUCGAGGGCCAAUUUGACGUGGUGCCGGCCCGAUCCUGCUUGCGGGAAUGUCCACCGUCUGUGCGCCGAUGUCCAGGAAGAUGUGGAAUUGACCAACCGGAUGAAAACUCAGUUUCCGGAUCGAUUUUACCUGUUGAAAUUUGAGGAUUUGACCUCCAACGUCGAGACCGAGACGGAAAAUCUGUUCCGCUUUCUCGGGCUGGCCGUCACAGUGCCCGUCAAAGUGUUUCUCAGCACGCACACUGGAUCGAGCCCGUCGGUUUCGAUCAACAAACUUGCGGUCCGGCGCAAAAACGACCCAUUUUCCACGAGCCGUCAAUCAAAAUCUGUGGCUAACGAGUGGCGAUCGAAGUUGUCCAGCACAGAGGUGUCCGCCAUCACCAACGUCUGCAGCUCCGUUAUGAAAAUGCUCGACUACUCCGUUUAAAGGGUUUGAUAGCAGACGUGUAUCCGCACCAGGGCUGGACAUCGAUCGGAAAACCUCCUACACAGAAAACAAAUUGAAUCAGACAACUAUUCACUUACAAUUAAAUCGAAGAAAUAAUGACCGGAAAUAUCGUGGGGACCCAUCGACGUCAACGACAGCCACCCGUAAUUGUAGUCCAGCGUCAGCUGCUGGACCAGAGUGUCGUUAUCGGCUCCUAUUGUAGACGUGAUGCUGUGGCUGCUGUUCAAAUACUUGAUGGGCGGAGGUGGACCGCCGUAGGGAAAGAGCAAAACCGGACCGAUGGCCAGCAGGAAGAUGCCAAUAAUGAGAAGAAUUCGCUCGCCCAGUCUGUCAUAAUUUCGGUAAUGAGUUGAAUUAAUUUUGUUACUUUUUAGAACUUUUUACCUGCGUGACAACGGGCCCAAAAUGGCAAAGAUGACGCCACUGUAGACGCCGGCCGCGGCGAAGGCCAGGCCCACUACAACAAUGGCCGAUUUCUCCGACAGGCCCAGCUGCUCGAUCGUCAACAGGGUGGCGGCUACAUUUCUGAAUUGAUUGAUUUGAUUCUGAUUUCUGAAUUGUACCAAAAUAUCACGAUUCGCAAUUUACGAAGAAAUAAACAAAUAAAAAAGCAAA